AACGGGUCUCCGCGCGAGGCCGCGCGCGAGCGCCCUCGCUCCCGGUGUGGCGUGCCGCCCGUGCGGGCCGCGCAAUCUGCGGCGCAGGGUCGCUGUACCACCUGUGCGUGAGACCCGCUGCGGUUCGUUGCUUCCGGCCACGUCGGCACGCCGCGGACCAGCCGUCCCUCGAAGAAGGGAACGCCCAGCAUGCCGGCGGGCGCCGGGCCCUCCAGAAGCGCGCGCGUCGAGGUGCCAGGCGCGGGGAAGACGGCGGCCGGGGCCGCCGCCUGCGCCGCGGACCGGGAGGACCGCCUGCGGCAGCUCCAGGCCGUCCGCGAGCGCAUCACCUGCGCGGACACCCUGCGCGCGCUGAAGUCCCUGGGCUCCGCGCUGAGCGACGCAGCCCAGAGCCCCAAGAAGGCGUCCGCGCCGGUGGCCGCCGCCGCGGCGGCCGCGCGCCUCGCGCUGGCGCUCGCCGGCGGUGGCCCAGGCGGCGAG